AUGGCAUGGCCAUACCACCUACUCGACCUCGGAACCACCCAAAAACACCAACGGAGAAUCCUUCUAGAUCGCUAUGGGGUAUAUGCCCAACUAUCGGCCUUAGUGCCCAUUUUAGCCUACCUGCUGUUUAGAUUGGCCGCCUGGGUAUAUUCCGAGAGACAGAGAACGAAGCUCGAUUAUACGGCGCUGAGUGACUCCUCGCAUUCCACACGCCGGAGGACGGGAAAGCUGGAAACAAGAUGCAAGCAAGCCGCUUGGUGGCUUGGGGGCGAGGUUGCGUCUGGAUGGGGUAUUAGGGGCCAUUGGAUUGCUGGUUGCGCCUGGACUUGCUGGUUGUUGUUUUUAUGCAUCCACCGGACCGGUGAUGACUAUCUUCAUAUUACCAAGCGCUUCGGCGUUGUUGCCGCGUCACAGCUUCCUGUUCACUACAUGCUGUCUAUGAAAUCCCUCUAUUCUCCGCUCGCCUUGGUCUUCAAGGCUUCACACGAGCAGCUCAACCCUUGGCAUCGACUAUCAGGGCGAAUUAUAUACUUUAUGUUAUGCCUCCAUGCCUCCUGGUACAUGAACUAUUUUGUUCAAGCGGGUGUGCUUGCUAAACGGCUAUCGGCUCCCGUGGUCAUCAUUGGAAUAACUGCGUUUCUAUGCCUGACGACCAUAGCCACAACAAGUCUGGAAACUGUCCGGCGCUGGAGUUAUCGAGUAUUCUUCGUGCUUCACCUAAUUAUCGGAGUUUCGAUACUGCCCCUGCUUUUCUUUCACGCGCCAGCUCUUCGAAUAUUCGUUUUUGAGGCUCUGAUUCUAUUCAUAUUCGACAUUGUUUGUAGGAAGUUGGACACAACCACAGGUUUUGCAACAAUUACCGCGGUUCCCCAUGCGAAGCUGGUUAAAAUUAAAGUACAUGUUCCGGCUUCGAAACUCAAAAGAUUCCACGACGCUCCUGGGCAACACAUCUACUUGUCGAUUCCAGCCGAAAGCACCCCGCCAUCUGUUGCUACCCCCUCGAUUCAUGACCUACUGUUUAACCCGUUCACUAUUGCAGAAGUAUCAGCCCGGCAUGUUACUCUGGUUCUUCGUACACUCAAUGGGCCUACAACCCGCGCAAUCCAGACGCUUUCACACCUCCCCAAAGCCUACCCUCCGAUCAACAUCGAAGGCCCCCUCGGAUCAUCUCUCCAUUUCCCUAAUCUCGCAGCCAACUACGAUAGGAUACUUCUUAUAGCUGGCGGAGUGGGCGCUACCUUCAUUCUUCCCAUAUACCGACACGUGCAGGAUCAACUGGAGACUCAGUCCAUUAAUCCAGAUCGUGUUACGUUUAUAUGGUCGCUGAGAUCGGCUGCUGAAGCAAGCUGGGCAGUGGAUCCCCAAUCAAGAGUAAAGAUCGAUGAAGAUGAGAAUGUUAAGAUUUUCUUGACGGGAAGUGCUGCGGGCGGGCCAGCAUAUGAUCCACCUAGUGGGGAUGGCAGUAUUGAGUUGGAUGAUUUCCAAAAUGUAGAAGAAUCUGUGAAAGCCAGCGGGGGCCGCGGGAGGCCGAAUUUAGGUGCGAUUGUAGAUGAGACAUUUAGGCAAGGAAACGAGAAGAGGGUCGCAGUGUUAGUAUGCGGCCCACCAGAGAUGGCGAAAGAAGUUCGACGGCAUGUUGGGCGAUGGAUAUGGAAGGGCCGAGAUGUCUGGUUCCACGAUGAGAGUUUUGGGUGGUGA